AUGAAGUACUGUGACUGUGCCUGGCUGAUCAGGCAGACUGUGACUGGCACAGGAGAGCAUAACUGGAACUGCAGUUAUGCUCUCCUGCACAAGCUCCUCCACAGAAAACGAACACCUGGAGCAGAUAAUCAGGAGAAAGAGGAGAGAAGAACACAGCAACAGCAGCCGCUGGAGCAGCAACCACAGACACAGCAGCCGCUGGAGCAGCAACCACAGACACAGCAGCCGCUGGAGCAGCAACCACAGACACAGCAGCCGCUGGAGCAGCAACCACAGACACAGCAGCCGCUGGAGCAGCAGCCACAGACACAGCAGCCGCUGGAGCAGCAACCACAGACACAGCAGCCGCUGGAGCAGCAACCACAGACACAGCAGCCGUUGGAGCAGCAGCCACAGACACAGCAGCCGCUGGAGCAGCAACCACAGACACAGCAGCCGCUGGAGCAGCAACCACAGACACAGCAGCCGCUGGAGCAGCAACCACAGACACAGCAGCCGCUGGAGCAGCAGCCACAGACACAGCAGCCGCUGGAGCAGCAACCACAGACACAGCAGCCGCUGGAGCAGCAACCACAGACACAGCAGCCGCUGGAGCAGCAACCACAGACACAGCAGCCGCUGGAGCAGCAGCCACAGACACAGCAGCCGCUGGAGCAGCAACCACAGACACAGCAGCCGCUGGAGCAGCAACCACAGACACAGCAGCCGCUGGAGCAGCAACCACAGACACAGCAGCCGCUGGAGCAGCAACCACAGACACAGCAGCCGCUGGAGCAGCAACCACAGACACAGCAGCCGCUGGAGCAGCAACCACAGACACAGCAGCCGUUGGAGCAGCAGCCACAGACACAGCAGCCGCUGGAGCAGCAACCACAGACACAGCAGCCGCUGGAGCAGCAACCACAGACACAGCAGCCGCUGGAGCAGCAACCACAGACACAGCAGCCGCUGGAGCAGCAACCACAGACACAGCAGCCGCUGGAGCAGCAACCACAGACACAGCAGCCGCUGGAGCAGCAACCACAGACACAGCAGCCGCUGGAGCAGCAACCACAGACACAGCAGCCGCUGGAGCAGCAACCACAGCAACAGCAGCCGCUGGAGCAGCAACCACAGCAACAGCAGCCGCUGGAGCAGCAACCACAGACACAGCAGCCGCUGGAGCAGCAACCACAGACACAGCAGCCGCUGGAGCAGCAACCACAGACACAGCAGCCGCUGGAGCAGCAACGACAGACACAGCAGCCGCUGGAGCAGCAACCACAGACACAGCAGCCGCUGGAGCAGCAACCACAGACACAGCAGCCGCUGGAGCAGCAGCCACAGACACAGCAGCCGCUGGAGCAGCAACCACAGACACAGCAGCCGCUGGAGCAGCAACCACAGACACAGCAGCCGCUGGAGCAGCAACCACAGACACAGCAGCCGCUGGAGCAGCAACCACAGACACAGCAGCCGCUGGAGCAGCAACCACAGACACAGCAGCUGCAGCAACAGCUGAAGCAGUAG